AUGGUCCUGAAUACGGAUGCCUUGUCCAUUCGCACUGGACGCGAGGGAAGGAGCUCAGGACCCCAGGACCUUCCAUGCCGUAAGUACAUCCUGCGCAAUUUGCUCCCGUUGCUACAACAAACGCGAAAGCCGACAGGAAAAAUUGCAGGAUCUGACAGUCCUCCCUGUCCUGCAUCUCCUGUAGCCUUGGUAACGUCGGCGAUUGGUAGUCGUAUACAGAAAGGAUUCCCAAAAGCAAGAGUUACGCCGAUAUUUGCCUUUGGUGUUCCCUUCCUGCGGACAUCAGGGCAGGGACCUGAUGCUAUCCAGAUGCACAGUCUGGUACCUCUUAGGCCUUGGGUCCUCUCCCCCCUCAUCCCAACUCUCCUCCUCGACGUCUGCAAUAAUGCAAUGUUGAAAACCUUCGUGCUCGAGGGGAGAGGAGAUCUGAAAAGGGAUGGCCAUGGAGCGAAAGUCAGUUGUGGGCGGGAAGUGGGUGUGGGUGUGGAAAUAGACUACCCUCAGCACCUCUGCAUCACAUUCCUUUCCUUUUCACGCACGGACAGGACGACUGUGACGACGAAGGAGAGCAAGUCCUUUACUACGGAGCACUCCAGACUUGAUGGUGUAGAGUGUUGGCAUUGGGAAGAUCGCACAAUUUGCAAGACGAAUAAUGGGGCACCUCCUCUGCCUGAGGCACCUGCCACGCUGGCCGUCAUGCAUAACGGAAUCUACUCAUGUGGCGGCAUAGGGCAGGCAGAUUUUACCAGUCUCGCAAUGCUGGUGCAUUUGGGAAGAUUGCAGAUACUGGUGGAGGCGCCGCAGGAGGGGCAGGAGGAGGGGCUGGCGGCGGAGAGGAAGUUCGGCUGGGUGAAGGGCGUGCUGGUGCGCUGUCUGCUCAACAUCUGGGGCGUCAUCCUCUUCCUGCGGCUGCCUUGGGUCACGGGGCAGGCCGGCAUACUGGACGGCCUGCUGAUCGUGACCUGCGGGAACGUGGUCACCGUCAUCUCCUCGCUCUCCAUGUCCGCCAUCUCCACCAACGGCCAGAUUAAGGGAGGCGGAACGUACUACAUGAUCAGCCGCUCGCUGGGCCCCGAGUUCGGCGGCGCCAUCGGCCUCAUCUUCUCCGUCGCCAACGCCGUCGCCGCCUCCAUGUACAUCGUGGGCUUCUGCGAGUCCAUCAACGACCUCCUGGCCUCGUUCCACGUCAAAAUCGUCGACGGCGGAGUCAACGACGUGCGGGUGGUCGGCAGCGUCACCCUCGUCGUCCUCUUCGCGAUCUGCGUCAUCGGCAUGGAGUGGGAGGCCAGGGCCCAACUGGUGCUUCUAGUGGUGCUGCUGAUCGCCAUUGUCGACUUCGUGAUCGGAGCCAUCGUGGGGCCCCUUGACGACGAAGAGCUGGCCAAGGGCUUCACCGGCUUCAACACUGACAUUAUGAACGAGCCAUACAGACAAGACGCCCUCGAUCCUUCAGGCAAAUCCCACGACUUCUUCAGCGUCUUCAGCGUCUUCUUCCCCGCCUGCACCGGCAUACUUGCAGGAGCCAACAUAUCCGGGGAUCUCAAGGACCCCUCGGCAGCCAUCCCCAAGGGCACGCUGUUGGCCGUCGUCAUCACCUACAUCUCCUACCUGUUCCUGAUCGUGGUGUCUGGGGGCGUGAUGCUGAGGGACGCGACGGGCAACGUCUCGCAGGUCGCCGACUGGUCCUUCGCCGAGUGCCAGAACGCCACCUGCGAGUACGGCCUGCAGAACAGCUCGCAGGUAAUGGAGCUGGUGGCAGUGGUCGGCCCCCUCAUAUACGCCGGAUGCUUCGCUGCCACGCUUUCAUCUGCUCUGGCAUCGAUCGUGUCAGCUCCCAAGGUCUUCCAGGCUCUCUGCAAGGACAAGCUGUACCCGUACAUCGAGUUCUUCGCCCGCGGCUACGGCAAGAACGACGAGCCCUACAGAGGCUACGUGCUCACCUUCUUCAUCGUCCUCGUCUUCACCCUCAUCGCCCGACUAGACGCCAUCGCGCCCAUCAUCACCAACUUCUUCCUGGCCGCCUACGCCCUCAUCAAUUUCUCCACCUUCCACGCCUCCCUGCAGCGCAUUCCCGGCUGGAGGCCGACGUUCAAGUAUUACAACCUGUGGCUGAGUCUGCUGGGCGGCGUCAUGUGCACGGCCAUCAUGUUCCUGAUUCAGUGGUGGACGGGGCUGCUCACUGUGGCCAUCAUUAUCAUCCUGUAUCUCGUCGUGGCGCACAGGAAACCGGAAGUCAACUGGGGAUCGUCAACCCAGGCCCAGACGUACACCCUCGCCCUGAACUCCGUGGCUUCCCUGGGCCAAGUGGAGGAGCACGUGAAGACCUAUCGACCUCAGAUCCUGGUGCUCUGCGGGGCGCCGUCGGCCAGACCUCCUCUCCUGCACUUCGCCAACUCCAUCACCAAAAACAUGUCUUUGCUCAUCGCCGGGCACUGCCUCAAGGAGCAACAGCCCCACCGCGUGCGCACCCGCCUGACGGCCGACGCGACGAAGUGGCUGGUCCGAGGGAAGAUCCGGGCGUUCUACACCCUGGCUGACGGUCCCUCACAGGAGCAGGCGGCGAGGAACCUCAUGUGCAACGUCGGCCUCGGGAAGCUGCGCCCGAACACCGUCCUCAUGGGCUACAAGGCCAACUGGCAGACGUGUCCACAGGAGGAACUACAGAGCUACUUCAAGACUAUCCACUACGCCUUCGACCUGCACCUCGCCGUUGGCAUCCUGCGCGUGGACGGGGGCCUCGACUACUCCAACCUGACGGAGGUGACCGAGGAGGAGGAGAAGACCCUCGCUGCCUCCACCUCCUAUCCUGCCGCCUCCAACAGCGCCCCCUCGACCUCGGCGCCCCAACAGCCCGAAGGAGGAGAAGUGAGCCUCCACCCCGCCCACCUGCACGAGAAGGAGACGCAGAUCAGCCCCUCUCUUGCGAAAACCCUAACUCACGGGUUACAAAAAUUAACUCAAGUCCUUUCCAAGAGCGACAAAACCCUCCUGACGAAGGUCCUCCUUGCCUCCCCAGCCGCCACCUCCGGCCACCUCACUUCGGUGCCCAGCUACCCAUCGUCGCCUGCUGAGGAGAGGCUUCCUUCGGACACCAUCCUGGGCGUCCUGAAGCUCGCCAAGAAGAAGAAGAGUCCUACGUACAAAGGCCCUAGCGGGGAGGUCGUGGCGCCGCAGGUGGUGGACUCCAUGCUCCGGUUCACGCGCAAGCAGCCGCAGGGAACCAUCGACGUGUGGUGGCUCUAUGACGAUGGCGGACUGACUAUGUUAAUUCCAUACAUCUUGACAACGCGUUCCAACUGGUCCUCGUGCAAACUACGGGUAUUCUGCCUCGCAAACAAAAAGGACGAUCUGGCUUCAGAACACCGGCGGAUGGCUGAAUUAUUAUGUAAAUUCAGGAUCGACUUCACCGACGUCGUGAUGAUCCCAGAUGUCCAGCGAAAGCCACGGGAGGAUUCCUUGAAAGACUUCCAAAACCUUAUCAGCAAUUUCUUGAUAGAUCCUGACGAAGAGACCCCGGAACCGGCCCAGGGCAUCACCGAGACGGAGCUUCUGGCGCUGAAGGACAAGACCAACAGACACAUCCGCCUUCGGGAGCUCCUGCUCGAACACUCCGGCGAGGCUUCGUUCAUAGUCAUGACGCUCCCGAUGCCUGUCGUAGGAACGGUGUCCGCGUGGCUGUACAUGGCCUGGCUGGAGACGCUGACCCGCCAGAUGCCGCCCUUCCUCCUCCUGAGGGGAAACCAGUCCUCGGUGCUCACCUUCUACUCCUGA